UUACACUAUUCAAUGAAAUAUUUUUUCCGCUUUGCCUUGUAUUCAACAAUGGGUAUUGCAUGGAUUUAACUCGAAAACAUGGAUAAUACGCACGGUAUAUUAUUAGCAUGAAAGGGCUCGAUUUUGCAAAUGCGAAGGAGAGAAUAGAUGAUUACGCUCAAGCAUGUUCGAGAGCACUUUGAUAGCGUUAAUCAGCACGCAUCUCUAAAUGCACCUAGUUCUAUGUGCGUUGGUUUGCUAAUUAUAUUUAGCGUGUAUAAAAAUACAAAUUAGCAUUUAUUAAGCGAUGGUAUCUCUGUUAAAAUGUAAUUGAAAUUAUCCAAACUCUAGUAUAUUCUUUUUUUUAUCCACUCUAGUAAUUCCUGACGAAUACUCAAAAUAUUUCAAAUAAUAAACUGUGAGGUGUUCAUUACAAUGAAUUUUAAGGAAUACUUCAAGGUAAACUAAUUAUGGUUAACUCCUCAAGAAUUCAUGUAUUCUUCUACUUCUGCAAAUAUUAUUUUAAAAUGAUUUCUCUAUGAACUUCUGUUUAUUUCUGUGGUAUUUGGAUUAGGUAAUUUUAUGAUUUUAUUAUUGCAAUAUCCGAAUAUAGACAAAUUUGAAUCGUAUCUAUAGUUCUGUACUGUAAAAAAAAAGAGUAUGUAAAAUUACAAGCGUAUUUGAGUACGCACAUUUUUUUACAAUAAACAAGGGUGAAAAUUAUACAAUUUACGAAGUGCACUGACAAGAGAGGUUAGGCAACUCGGAAAUUUAGAAUGAAAAAUGGAAUAAAGGGAACGAUAUUUUGUUAAACAAAAAAAAAUUUUCUUCAUAACUUUAAAGUACUCUUAAAACCGUUUAACAUUUGUUUAACAAAAUUUUUUCUAUUUUUAUAACUUCGAAGAUAUUUGUCCGGGAAAGGAAAAAAAAAACGAUUUUUCUUCGAAGGCAUGUUUUACCCCCUCAAAGUGUAACUUGUAAAAUCAAAAAAUAGUUUCGUGUUAGGAAAGAACUGUUCUACUUGCGCACAAUGUUUUAAAAUUUUCAGAAUUUUCGGAUUGCUUGCCUCUCUCGCGAGUUCCUGUGAUAAGUCAUAUAAAUUUUAUCCUCGUCCACGUGAUCUCGCAAUAUUCUCUUUUCAAACAAUGCCAGUUGAAAGAGCCCCCUCGAAUUCCCGAACCGUGGUACUUGACGCGCAGCGUCCGCACCUGCGAUACGCGUCCUCCCCUCCCCUGUGCGCACGCCUUCCCAACCCUACCCUUCGUCUCACCACGGGAAUGAUAGUUCCCCCACGUUGCGGCCGACGUUCCCCCCUCCAAUCCGCCGCGCCGCGCGUUUCGCUUCCGAGAGUCUUGCUCGGUCGGUUAGAAUUCAGUUGGUGGUGCGUCGCCGUUGGAUGUGGUGUUGUGUCUACGAGUGCGCGGAGAGACUCGCGGUGUUGGUCUCUCGCUCCCCUGAGGUCUCGCGUGGGAGCGAGCGAGCGAGUGAGCGUGCGUGCGUGCGUGCGUGCGUGCGUGCGUCGUGCGUGCGUGCGUGCGUGCGCGAGUGAGUGAUGCGCCGCGCGCUCCAAGAGCGAAAGAGCGAGAGUGCGUUGUCGAGGCGAUAAAAAGAGCGCGGCGCGCGUACAUGCGUGCGUGCGUACGUACGUCGUGUGUGCACACGAGUGUUUCCUCCUUCGUAACGCUUUCGGCUGUUCGUUCGUUCGGUCGGCGCGUAUAGCGUUAUAUACUGCGCCGCGCGCGUGUCCGCCGCCCGCUGGUCUCGAUAUCGCCGUGGCUUCUGCUCUCGCACUUCUACGGCCGCGCUCGCGCACAUAUACAUAUACAUACAUACGUACGUACGUACACACACACAUACACAACGUACGUACGGAGGACACACGGGCGCAGCACGACGUGUUGGAGGCAUGACAGCUACGCGGGAGUGUUACCCCAUACGGUUCUUCUCGGUGCACGUCGAUCGGUUCAGCCGGUGAUUUUGUGAGAGAGGCGAGAAGAGACGGACAGACAGACAGCCGGUUGGCUGCGCCCAGCGUCGCGCGCGCACACCGAGAAGAGACCUCCUCGUGUCAAGCGUGAGGACAACGACGACGACGACGACGACGACGACGGUAGCGGCAACGGUAACGGCGACGGCGAGAAGGAGAAGGAGGAGGAGGAGGAAGAGGGAGGGGAAUACCGCCGGACGAGAGAGCAAGUGACAAAAAGGACAGGGUGAGGCAAGGAGGGAGAGAGAGAGAGAGAAAAGGAGAGGAGGCACAAGCGAAAGGAAAGAGGGACAGACAGAGGAUGAAUGGCCCUGGGAGUCAUCAGCACCGCGGCUUGGGCAUGCAGGGACGUUACAGAGCUGUGGUGGCCAAUGGCGCCCCGUCGGGGCCGCACACGCGCGCCUCCGCGUCGUCUCACCCCCGUAACGGUGGAUGGCAUCCCCACGGUCUGCAGCAGCAACAGCAACAGCAACAGCAGCAGCACCAGCCUCAGCAGCAGCAGCAGCAGCAACUGCAGCAGCAGCAGCAGCAGCAGCAAUUCACCGCUGGCAGCAAGGAAUACCCGUACCGGCAGUGCCCACCACGAUAUCACAAUGGGGAUUGCCCCGGGGUCGGCACGUCCUCCGGGCCGGCCGGCAAGGAGGUUUCCUAUCACGGGAACGUGGGUGGAAGCAGCGUGGGAUAUAAGCCGCCACCGCAGCACAGCCCGCAGACGAGGGGCCCGCCGCCGCACUUCCCCCAGGAAUCGGUAGGCCCGCCGGCCAAUUCACCGCCGUUGCACAUCAAUAUCUGCGGACAGGAGAAUACGAUGCGUGGCCCUAUAUUGAACAUGAGUCCCGGCCUCGGAGCCAGCGGAGUAGACAUGGAAUACCGCAGGAACUCUCAAGCCACAAACCAGCUACCUCUGAGCCCUGUGCAGAUUCAACCGUCGCCGCCUUACUACAGGCAGCCUAAUCAGGACGAUGGCAGAAAAAGCGAAUCGCCGUCGAGGAAGCGUCGCCGAAUAUCUCGCAACGGUGCCGUGUCCGGGAUAGAGGUUCGGGAAACGACGCCGCCGGCACCGACGCCACCCCUGCACACAACCCCGCCGCCUUGGGAAUUUGGGGGCGCGCCACAACGGCGCUCACCCCGCAAUCACUUACCCACCCGCGGCAGUCCGACGGUCAGGAAUCGUUAUCAACGGUACACGGAAUCGUUUGGGCUGUCUUAUCCGUUCCUGCCGGGUCACAAUCCCCAUCCACAGAGCAUUCACAAUUCCCAUCAUGGCCUUCACAACUCGCAUCACAAUAUCCACGGCUCUCACCCUCACGGUCUGCACAACUCGCACCAUAAUAUCCACAAUGCGCACCAGGCGCAUCCCCAUCCGCAUCCGGCGGCUGGUGGUACGGGGCACCAUCCCACGCAAGGAGCGAAUGCGCCCGUGGUCGUCGACGUUGGUCAAGUCGGCGUGUCCGGCCUAGGAGUCGCCGUUGGCGGAGAGCCGUUGUGGCAUCCGCAGGCAACCGGCUACAGGAUUCCGUGUCAGCUUCACAGCCUCUACACGCCUCAUGGAACGCAUCCGUUUGGACAUUCGUGCCAGGUGACGCAUCAUCACAGUCAUUAUUCCGCUGCUCAUCCAACACAUCCGAGUCAUGGAAUCGUCGGUUCUUUGGUGGGUGCCGCUCCCAGAGGAUACGCGCCACCAGCCGGUGGUGUCGCGGGGCUGCAUACAGCGGGUCCACCGCCCGUCCAUACCGAUUACACCGCGCAUCAUCAAUUAUCUCAGCAGAGAGAAGUCGAGCUCGAACUGAUAGAGUCCCAUCAUCAUCAUAGAGUGGGCGCCGCAGCUGGUGCACCAUUGCCGUUACCACACUCGUACUCGCCGCCGGCUCUUACACAGGUGACGACACCGCCGCCUAUAUUCCUAUCGGAGACCCGAAACAGUCAAUUGGAGAUUGUACAGAAUAGAAAUCGACGAUUAGCAACCAAUGUCCUGCGACGGCCGAGAUUCGGUAGAUGGAGGAACACGACUCAAUUACCUAUGGCUUAUCCGGGAUAUUUACUACACUUCCUGGCGAUGUUCAGCAAUCCACCGCUCUCCCCCUACAAUCAGGCGGAAUUGUCCUCACCCGAUUCGGUCACGGAGAAUUACGAAGCGUUGCUGUCCUUAGCCGAGAGACUGGGCGAGGCUAAGCCACGGGGUUUGACUCGUGCGGAAGUUGAACAGUUGCCCUCUUACAAAUUCAAUGCAGAAACACACCAGGGCGAUCAGACCAAUUGCGUCGUGUGUAUGUGUGACUUCGAAGCCCUCCAAUCUCUACGUGUUCUGCCGUGUUCUCACGAAUUUCAUUCUAAGUGCAUCGACAAAUGGCUUAAAUCUAACCGAACAUGUCCGAUAUGUCGCGGUGACGCAGGAGAAUAUUUCGGAAAUGGUAGCAGCAGUUCUGACUGACGCCAAGCCGGUGAUGUACACUAGCGCGAAACGUUGCAGCCAUCAAGAACGUUACUACUGCGCGUUACUAUGGGGAUACCGGUCAUCGCGUUGCUGCUAUUUCACGCUAAUCUGUGCCGUUAAACCACCCGCGUCAUCUUGGCUAAAAUACACCAUGUCAGAUGUUCAUACAUGGUGAUAGUCGACAGUAAACGGUUGGUUACCUUUUGACUAACGUUGAGAAUAACGACGCUGAAACAAGCUGAAUAUAAAGUGAAUACAAAUGAAAUGAAAUGAAAUGAGAAUAGUCGAACGCGAAACGUACGAUUGCCGUUGCAUUAGAGUGUUGCGCAUAAGUGGAGAUAUCAAGCUCGAGGAGCAGCAUCUUUUCGUCUUGUGUUUUAAGAGACACAGCGAGACGCAAUAAAAGCAAUUUAGUAAAACGAUGAAAUAGUCAAGAGAUUUAACGUUCCGUUGCAUUACGGCGCAUUUCCUAUCAAAAAGAGAGAAAUAAGCGGAGACGGAUAUUAUUUGGUUCUUGUUUAUAACGCUUUAAUUGAUAUUUUAACGCUCAUUAAUUAUUUGUAUUGCUACUUUGCAUUAUUGAAUUUAUGUACAUAAGAAAAUAGCUGUAUACGCAAACAUCGCAACUUUCUAUUAACGUUCCAUUUUUUUAUAGUUUUUGUCUUUCAAUCUGGUAAUUGUAUAUAUUUGCAUAUACCCUUAUACAUAUUCGUGUGCGCGUACAAAACCAGUGUUAGUUUUGUUUGGACUUAACCAAAUGUAGAACACGAGGAAUUCUUUUGCAAUAAAAAAAAUUAUCGUCAGGUAAGGGAAAAAAUUGUAACUUCCUGUUAUAAUAAGCUCUUGUGUCUUUGUAGUAUAUAUAUAUAUACAUAUAUAUAUACACAUAUAUAUACACAUAUAUAUAUAUAUAUAUGUAGACCAGCUAAUUAUUUUAUUAUAUUAUAGAAAUGUAUGUAAGUAAUACUAAAUUAGUUGGCACCAUAAGUGCUGUAGGUAGAGAUUGUUGGAUUAUUGCACCAGAUGCCACGUAACUAUUUUAUAAAAUAUCUGUAGAUCCAUGUUUAAUUCGAAAUUUGUUUCUCUCUCUCUUGCGGUAAUUAAUCAUAAUUACUUUUUAUCUAAGUGUGCUCUAUGUGUGAUUGCGAUCGUUAUGAUCGCGCAAGUUCGUAAAGUCUGAUUUAAGUGAUAUUUAUCCAAAUAAAUUUUCAAAUAAUCUUUCCAAGAAAACUUCGCAGAAGAGGAUUUUGCUUUUCAACCGCAAGAGAGACGAAAACCUGGCUCUCAUAACAGUCAAGUGCAUCCAAAAAGAGCAAAAAAAGAAAAAAAACGUAAGAACAUCGCUUCUGUUUCCUGCGUAUCUACCUCUAAUAGAAGAAACGAGACGAUUCAUAUUUUUUUAUAAUACACAUCUCAUAAACAAUAAACAUACCUAUGAUAAGUAAAUGGGAGAGCGACCGGUUAGGAAACGAGGUCUAGAUAUUUCGACACACAUUCAAUGAAAAUAACAAAUAGAACUAACUAUUGUAAAAAGAACUUUUAGAAAUAACCAAACGCUCUAAAUAUAAAAUGUGAAUAUAAUCUCACAAUUGAGAAAUUUGAUUAGGAGAUACGUUAAAUUUUUCAAUUGGAAUUGAAAAUACGUUCCGCAUUAUACUCUUCGUAAAAGCGGUCGUAGUGUAGACUGGAUUUCGCCGAACAAGUUGUGUGCUUUUAGUUGAUUAUAUAACGCUUCCUUAUUUACGUGUACUUCUUAUACCAGUGCCGGAGGAUUGCGAGGAUUUGUUCAUUAACCUUGUUAUUUUUAAGAUGUUCAAUUUACAUUGUUAGAUAGCGUAUGUUGUCGGUAAGAUAUGAAUUGUUGAAAAUAGUUUUUCUUAUGUUUCGAAAUUAAUAAAAUUGAGAAAUAUAUGAAUGUGCGUCGUUUGACCGA